AUGGGUCUGUCAACCAUCUUGACGGCCGGUCUGCUGGCCCUGCGCCUGUUCGCAGCUCCGGGCAUGGCCGCACCGGCUCCGGCCGCUGAGGAAAAGGCCGCGGCCGCCGCGACGAGCUGGUGGCUCCCCAACAUUGCUCGCCAGGGCACCGUCCCCUACGCCGCCUCCGGCUCUGGCUACCAGAUCUACCGCAACGUCCAGACCUACGGCGCCAAGGGUGACGGCGUGACUGAUGAUACCGCGGCUAUCAAUGCUGCCAUCAGCGCCGGAAACCGAUGUGGUAACGGCUGCGAUUCCCAGACCACCACUCCGGCCAUCGUCUACUUCCCCCCUGGUACCUAUCUCGUCUCUUCGCCCAUUCUCCUGUACUACUACACCCACCUGAUUGGUGAUGCCACCAACCUGCCUACGCUCAAGUCCACCGCCAACUUCACCGGUAUUGCCGUCAUCGACUCCAACCCUGGCUGGUAUGGCGCCACCAACAACUUCUUCCGCCAGAUUCGCAACUUCAAGAUUGACGUUACCGGACAACCCAUCAACACCGGCACUGGUAUUCGCUGGCGUGUUGCCCAGGCCACGUCGAUCCAGAACGUCCAGUUCAUCAUGAGCAGCGACACGUCCACCAACAACAAGCAGCAGGGCAUCUGGGGCGAGGACGGCUCCGGAGGCUGGCUGAGCGACCUCACCUUCACCGGUGGCGGCCUGGGUAUCUGGAUCGGCAACCAGCAGUUCACCAGCCGCAACCUGGUCUUCAACGGCUGCCAGACCGCCGUCUACAUGAACUGGAACUGGCUGUGGAGCUUCCACGGCCUCACCAUCAACAACGCCAACGUCGGCAUCGACAUGAGCGCCGUAGACGGCAGCGGCAACCAGCAGGUCGGCUCCAUCCUGCUCGCCGACAGCAAGCUCAACAACGUCAAGGUCGGCGUGCUCACCAACUACAGCCCCAGCCAGAACGGCACCGCCGGCACGCUCAUCCUGGACAACGUCGAUGCCACCAACAACACGCCCGUCAUGGUCAAGAACGCCAAGUCGGGCGCGACCAUCCUGGGCGGAAACGCCAACAUUGCCUCGUGGUCCCAGGGCCGCGCCUACACCAACUCCAACGGACAAGCCGUCCAGGGCACCCGCGCCGCCGUCAGCAAGCCUGCCGCGCUUACGUCUGGUGGCAAGUUCGCGACUCACCAGCGACCCCAGUACGAGACGGUGCCCGCCAGCAGCUUCGUGUCCGUCAAGUCUCGCGGCGCCAAGGGCGACGGAAGCACCGACGACACGGCCGCCAUCCAGGCCGUCUUCAACAGCGUCACCUCGGGCCAGAUUGUCUACUUCGACCACGGCGCCUACGUCAUCACCGACACCGUCAAGGUCCCCCCGAACAUCAAGAUUGUCGGCGAGAUCUGGCCCCUCAUCAUGGUCGGCGGCUCCAAGUUCAAGGACCAGAACAACCCGCUGCCCGUCUGGCAGGUUGGCCAGCCCGGCGAUGUCGGCACCGUCGAGAUCCAGGACCUCAUCUUCGAGACGCUCGGCCCCCAGCCCGGUGCCAUCAUCAUGGAGUGGAACGUCGCCGGCGCUGCCCAGGCCGGCGCCGGUCUCUGGGACGUGCACUUCCGCAUCGGCGGCACUGCCGGCACGCAGAUGCAGUCUGACCGCUGCGUCAAGACGCCCACCGUGACCACGACGCCCAACCCCUCGUGCUUCGGCGCCUUCCUGCUGGUGCACGUCACCACCUCGGGCUCCAUCUACAUGGAGAACACGUGGCUGUGGGUGUCUGACCACGAGCUCGACCUCGCGGACCACAACCAGAUCAACAUCUACAACGGCCGCGGCCUGCUCGUCGAGAGCACCAAGGGCACCUGGCUGUGGGGAACCGCCUCGGAGCACAGCGUGCUGUACAACUACGCCUUCAACAACGCCCAGAACGUCUACAGCAACAUCCUGCAGACGGAGACGGCCUACAUGCAGGGCAACCCCGACGCGCGCGUGCCCUACACCAGCCAGGCCAAGUACGCCGACCCCGACUGGAGCAGCUGCACCGACGCCAUCUGCGCCCGCACGUACGGCAUCCGCGUCGUCAACUCGACCAACACGCUCAUCUACGGCGCCGGCAUGUACAGCUUCUUCAACAACUACGACGGCACCACUUGCGUCAACGCCAACAACUGCCAGGACAACAUGAUUGACGUGCGCAACUCGCAGGUGCACUUCUUUGGCAUCAGCACCAAGGCCAGCAUCAACAUGAUUACGCUCAACGGCCAGGGCGCCGUCUUUGACAGGGACAACCGCAACACGUUUUGCGGCACCGUCGCUUCCUUUGAGACGUCAUAG